CUUAACGAAAAGUUUACUGUAUUUAUGUAAGUAAACACACAUAUUUUCUUUUUUAUGUUUUACAACAAAAAAAAUUAUUUGUUUUUACCAAAAAAAAAAAAGCUUAUUUGUUAAAGUAUAUAUGAAAUCACGUUUUUAAUACAAUUCCACCAUUUGGUAAGGAAUUUAAUUCACAAAGGUUGGUCCCAGAAGAAAACUGCGUCGGCGCAAGUAAAAACGCAGUCGUUUAAACGAAUCCUAUCAUACACGUGCGGAGUGAUCUACGCCGUUACUAUUCAUUUGAAUUUUUUAAAACAACGGCUCGGAUCUAUUUUACUUAUUUUCGUCAACGCAUUAUUACCGUGGCGCCAGAGAUGACGUAUUUUUUCCAAGGAAAACCUUCCUCCACGUGCUCACGAUUACGUGAUACAUACGCGCUCAACAGAGGCUCCUUCUCAUCCUUGUUCCAAUGACUUUUCACAGACCGGCUUUCUCUUCUCCAUCACGGCAUCACAGACCUCUAUAUAUCGCCACUGAGUUAUUCUCUCUCUCUCAGAACAUUUUCUCUGAGAUAUCGUUUUCUCACAAGAUUGUGUAAGGUUUUGAUUUGUCGUUGACUCUCCAAGAUUUUCGGACCAAACUAGUUUUGUCUGUUUUUCUCAAAGAGAUGGAAGAGGUUGUCCUAAUGCCGUCGUUUUCGAUCGGAAAGCUAUCUUCUCUGGCGCCGGAGAAGAUUCUGGAGCCGUCUGUUCACUCGGAAGAAGAGGUUUUAGAGGACGGAGAAGAGAUCGAUGGUGGUGUGAGACUUAUGUAUUUGUCUAAUGAAGGUGACAUUGAAGGGAUCAAGGAGCUUCUUGAUUCCGGGAUCGAUGCUAACUACAGAGACAUUGAUGAUCGUACUGCUCUCCACGUGGCGUCUUGCCAGGGGCUUAAAGAUGUCGUGGAGUUACUUCUUGAAUGGGAAGCUGAAGUUGAUCCUAAAGAUCGAUGGGGAAGCACGCCUCUUGCAGAUGCGAUAUUCUACAAGAACAUUGAUGUAAUCAAGAUACUUGAGACUCAGGGAGCUAAACAUCCGAUGGCUCCAAUGCACGUGGAAGCUGCUCUUGAAGUCCCUGAAUAUGAAAUCAAUCCCGACGAGCUUGAUUUCACUCAAAGCAGAGAUAUAUCAAACGGAACUUAUUGUAUGGCAAUGUGGCGUGGCAUUCAAGUUGCGGUGAAGAAGCUCGAUGAUGAAGUUUUGAGCGACGAGGAACAAGUAAGGAGAUUCCAUGAUGAGCUUGCAUUGCUCCAAAGGCUUAGGCAUCCAAACAUUGUUCAGUUUCUUGGUGCUGUUACUCAAAGUAAUCCAAUGAUGAUUGUUACUGAAUAUUUGCCUAGGGGGGAUUUGCGCGAAUUGCUGAAAAGGAAAGAACAUUUAAAACCAGCUACCGCUGUUAGAUACGCCCUUGAUAUUGCAAGGGGAAUGAACUAUCUACAUGAGAUCAAAGGAGACCCUAUCAUCCACCGAGAUCUUGAACCUUCAAACAUACUGCGGGAUGAUACAGGGCAUCUGAAAGUUGCAGACUUUGCAGUAAGCAAGCUUGUUACUGUUAAAGAAGACAAGCCUUUGACAUUUCUAGACACUUCUUGUCGAUAUAUUGCUCCCGAGGUUUUCACCAGCGAUGAAUACGACACCAAAGCUGAUGUUUUCUCCUUUGCAUUGAUAGUUCAAGAGAUGAUCGAAGGAAGAAUACCCUUUGCGGAAAAGGAAGACAGUGAAGCUUCAGAAGCUUAUGCAUGCAAAGAGCGUCCAUCUUUCAAAGCUCCAUCUAAGCAUUACCCUCAUGGACUUAAAUCGUUGAUAGAAGAAUGCUGGUUAGAUAAACCGGCCAAGCGACCGACUUUCAGAGCGAUCAUUAAACGGCUUGAGUCCAUUCUUCACCAUAUGGGCCACAAGCGACAAUGGAGGAUAAAGCCAUUGACAUGCUUUCAGAAGUUCGAGCACAAGAAGAAACAUAAUUGGGAUGUUAGCAGCGCUGAUGGCUCAUCCUCGGGUUCACAUUUGUGAUUCUUUAACCGGUUAUUCUUUCCGGUUUAGUUUGGCUUUCCGGUUUUACUUUGUAAUGUUGUUUUAGUUUGAAGAAAGUAUUCGUGUGGUCGUGGACAGAAGUUGCAUUUUAUUUUAGUAUAAAGGUGUAACGAGUCUUCAGAUUUUUGAAGCUGUAUAAUACAUGUCUAACGAAUUAUAAGGAAUUUGUUUCAAUCGA